CAUUACAAAAGCAAAGGGUGGCCUCAUAUUUUUCUUGCUCACACCAAAGGCUCUAUAAUCACAUCUUCUCCUUUAAUUCCUUCACAUGGCUUCUGGCAACAUAAAAAUCCACGACCACUCCCGCGUCUCACCACCAUCAUCAACACCCCAAACAUCCCUCUCUUUAACAUUCUUCGACUUGUUCUGGCUCCGCUUCCACCCCGUGGAGCGCAUCUUCUUCUACACCCUCCCUACACCCCUUUCACACCCCUCCACUUUCUUCACCCAAGUUGUUCCAACUCUCAAAACCUCCCUCUCCCACACCCUCCGCCACUUCCCCACCCUCGCCGGCAACGUCGUGUGGCCCUCCGACUCCCCAAACCCCCUCAUCAAAUACACCCUCGGCGACACCGUUUCGCUCGUGGUGGCACAAUCCGAAGCCGACUUCGACCAAACCCUGGACAAAUCACCACGCAAUGCGUCCGAGUCACGCGCUUUAGUACCCCACUUGGAAUCAUCUGAUUCUCACGCCGAGGUUCUCUCUCUUCAAAUCACUCUCUUCCCCAACAGAGGAUUCACCAUCGGCAUCAGCACCCACCAUGCUGUCCUCGACGGAAAAUCCUCCACCCUUUUCGUCAAGGCAUGGUCUUCACUAUGCAAAACCAUUAAUGACUCGGGAUCAGAGCCAGAGUCACUACCUUUGGCGAAAGGUUUGCAACCUUUCUUCGACAGAACCGUGAUCAAAACCGCAAGUGAAUUAGGUCUCAACUUCAGUAACGAUUUGACUGAGGCAUUAGCAAAAAUGUUCCCUCAAGAAAACAGCGAUGGGCGAUGCUUAAAGCUUCUACCUUUCCUUCCGAGAGUGGAGGACGCGGAUCGUGCCACGUUCCUGCUGACACGCUCCAAGCUGCAAAAGAGGGUGUUGUCCAAGUGGGACUUGGAAUCGGAAUCGGAAUCGAAGGGUGUUUCGAAGCCAGCUACGUUGUCGUCGUUUGUUCUCACGUGCGCGUAUGCUCUAGUUUGCAUUGCUAAAGCGGUUCACGGAGUUGAAGCGGAUAAAGAGAAAUUCGGUUUUGGGUUCACGGUGGAUUGCAGGGCUCGGAUGGAGCCUCCGGUUCCUGAUAACUACUUUGGGAACUGCGUGUGGGGGUUAAUGGUGGAUACGGAACCGUUGGGUUUCAUAAAGGAAGAAGGGGUGGUUUGUGUUGCGAAGAGUACUCAUGGUAAAAUAAAAGAGAUGUUGGAUAAGGGGGUAUUUUAUGGGUUCGAUGGUCAGCUUUCAAAAUAUGAGACUUGGAUAAAGGGAGGUUAUCAAAUAUUGGGAGUUGCGGGGUCUAAUCGAUUUGGGGUUUAUGAAACCGAUUUUGGUUGGGGGAAGCCUGCGAAGGUGGAGAUAGCCUCGGUGGAUAGAGCUAUGACCAUUGGUUUGGCAGAGAGCAAGGAUGCGAAAGGUGGUGUUGAAGUUGGCCUUGUUCUGAAUAAGGAUGUCAUGGAUCUGUUUCGGACUUUGUUUCAUGAAGGAUUGUCCAACGAGUGAUAUAUGGUUUGAACUUUCCAACGUCUCAUCCCAACAUUUUAGUUUGUAUUCAAGAAAAAGCUAAAGCCUGUUUUUACAGUUUACAAGACGUCAAAGUCUUCGGGAUUUGCAACAACAACCAUUCUCUUGCAUGUUAUAUUUUGAAUUUUGUCUUAGUAACUCUCCUUUCAGGGUUUCC